CCUGGAGCUCUUUGGAAGCCAAGCAUUCCACAAUGAAGAGGUUUCUGGCCUUCCUUGUUGCAAUGGGCAUCAUAGUGACCCUGGGUGAUGCCUACUGCUGGGGGAAAAUUCACAAGCCAGGGGAGGCCAAAGAUGGCUGUAUGAUCAAUGGAAAACUGUAUCCCUUUGGACACAUUGAGAGGACAGAAGAUUGCUACCAAUGCAACUGUGGUGAAGGUGAAAUGGAAUGCUGUUCCCUCUUUCACAUUCCUGUUGCUUACGACAAAAAGAAAUGUAAAGUUGUUUUCAACAAGAAGCGCUGUGACUAUGAUGUCCUGGACAGGGACCCCUCACAGCCAUGUUCUUCUUAUUCUCGUGUGGGCUAA